UCUAGAAACAGCAGCUCUCACCGUCGGGCACUCCUCUCCGGACCUGCAGCUGCGUGUGACAGCAAGGGGCGAAAGUCAAGACAACUCUCAACAGAAUCCUCUGUUCGAUUUCCCGCCCGCCAAGGCGAAAUCACUCAGUGCCUCGGACGACCUGAAGAAUCCCAGCGCAAGCAGCGCCGACGGUGGGACAAGCCGAAUCUCGGCUGGCGCCGCUGUUGGCAGUCAGCGCCCUACCCGGACCGGAAGCUCGAUACACGAUACCCAUUCGCCAAGCUCGGCUGGGAGACGACAGGACGCCCUGUCCAUGUUUGAUCUCUACGGCGUGUCACGGCCAGAGGGCUGGCUAUCCAUGGGCAGGGCCCGACCCGGCUCUCGCACCAGAACGCUGCAGAUAUGCCACUCCUGCGGUGACAGCCUGCGGCCUGGCGCCCAGUGCUCCCGGUGUGGCCAUGACUUUUGCUCCAAGUGCGCAGCGGAGGUGCCGCAAGCGGAGACGCCUCCGCGUCGAACGGGUUGUGAACGUCGUCAAACUGAACACAACAGGCAACAACCCAGCCGCUUUUCACUAGAUGAUUCUCAACGGACAGGAGAAGACGGGUCUGGCAACGGGGACAAAGACCGAGAGAGGUAUUGCCCGAGUUCUCCUGACUCAAACGCAACGCCUCAACACAGGACAGGCUCGCUCCUUACAGGCACCGGACUCGACGUUCCUGAGCCGCCGGAGCGGCUGAUCCCAGCGACGGGUGCAGACAACACGACACCCGCGGAAAGAAUCGGAGGUGCAGGAUCUAAAGCCACGCCUAGAAAACAUCCCUUUCUCAAACCAAAUGUAUUUGAGAGGGGAAAGGCAGUAUCCCCCCAAGCGGCUCCAUGCAACGCACGCGCCAGCAAGCCACGCCGCCUGUCAGACUGCGUCCCUCGACGGCUCAUGGACCGAUCGUCUACGGACUCAGAGGACUGCGGGUUGCCAGCCCUAGAUGACCCUCGUGAGGAGUCCGGCGCCUAUGGUCAACAUCACCCAAUAUGCUGCACUGCUCGUCGAGGGCUCAACAAAGUGCCAACCGAUGAUGGUGACAGUGUAGAAGAGGAUGGUUCACUUCAAUACACCCUGCAUCGCAAGAUUGAUCAGCUCUACCAACAUGCCGAAGAGCUUCAAUCGUCCCGAAAUGCAAUCAAACACCUUGCCAGCGCACUGGAGAAUUUGGACAGAGACUCGGGUGCUGUCCAGAAAUCCACGGGUGUCUCUAUUGCCACCACUCUAGAAAGGGACGCCGUGUCCACGGGCAGGCUUCGUGUGCACACGCUCGGUGAGGACCCAAAGACGCCCAUUGCUAGCUCAGUGAGCUGCCACGAUUUGGACGCCGACGACAAGGGCUCCGAGGGCCGCUCUCUACGACUGCAUGGGCCCGAAUUGGAUGAUGAUUUUGGAUCGCCUGGCUUCCCCCAACUCAGCCAGGACAAGUUUUAUUUUGACCCUCGACGUCGAGGCAACAACAGCCUAGGACAAGAAAAUCUCAUUGAUUGGUGUCUCUCGUCGUGUGCUUCUCGGAAGUCGGGGUCAGAACAGGGGCAGGAGUUGAGGCAUGGUCUGGAGUAUACACGCAGCGUGGACGAGAGAACGCGGCCUGAGUCGUCUCUGCCCGGAGAGCCUGGAGCGGCUAGCGAGGAUGCCGCGGGACAAGCAGAAACGGGAAGCGGCCGGGACCCUUCCAAGAGAAGCGACUCUGAUCCUGCGAGGGCCGGGACGCCCCAUCCCCCCUCGCCACAUGGUGGCUCUACCGGGCAAGAUAUUCCAAGUAUGACUAGCGGUCCUCGACAUCGCCGCGGGACUACACUCUGUCAACCGCCGCAAGCAAAGGAUCCAGAGCCAGAGCCAUGGCCCCUUUUGAGGAGAGUCGAACUCUCCGAGACAGACUCACGGCCUCGCACCCCUGAUGCGGUCCCAUGGAGCCGCAGUGCGCUACGAAAGGUGCCCAGUUCGACGGAGAAUCUACGCAAGACGGGGUUGGCCCCCUCACCGGCGACUUGGCGGCAAAGUCUUCGAAUGCCAGAGUCGUGGAAUGAAGCAGCGCCGGCUGCCAGAGCCGCGCUGGCAACUCCUGCGUCGCAGUGGCGGCGGAACUUGGCCUCGACCCGGAAGACUUCGUUCGCCCCAGUGGGCCGGGCAAAUGUCUGCUCAUUCUGCAACCCAAGUGCUGCAUCGUCACCUCCAGAAUCGGGCAGGCCGACAACGAAGUGUGACCACAUAGAGAGAGCCCAAACUCGUGAGGCGGCGGCCGAGGAUGAAUCACUGAACGAGCCAGUAACCCCGACGCGGGUGCGCGUCCGCCAGGUGGAACAGGACCUGGCCAUGAAACGAGCCGAAGAACUGGAAGACGAAGCAAGAGAGGGAGAAGAGUCUGCUUGCGACCCAGAGACGCUGGAGUUGGGCAGAGAUGAUGGCCACAGCUGCGCGUGGCGAGACAGAUAUAUGGGCCUCCACACGGAGCUGGAGAAAUGGAAAAAGGAGAUGAUUUCGUAUGACCCGGAGCAGAUGCAGACUGGAGAAGAAGCACCCGCAGCUGGAGACAAGGACGACGCCGCACAUGGUAGGGGUGAGAGGCCGGCCGACGAGGUGGGCAUUGAAGGGCUGACCAUUGUGGUUCACAUGCGAUACAGGGACGACUUGGUGAUCAACACGAACCUGAGAGACGGUCGCUCGGUGGCUGGCCGUGUAGGGCCUGAGAGCUGAGAGCUAUUCGAUACCAUUGGUGAAGAAGAGCUGCGAAGUACGAAUCACGACGAGCAGGCUCCCUGACUCGUGGUGGCUACGCCUUUCGGGGAGCUUGAACAUGGGACACGGAGGGAACGAUGAUGUUGAGCUGAGAUUCUGGAGCUCAGCUAGCUGGCCUUACUCAGUUGCUGGAAUACUUAGUGCAGAAUGGACACUUGCGAAUAAGGCGGCUCCAAACUGUCUCUUGACCUCACACGGUGGCGCAACACGCGCUUGUGUGGCCAAUUGGCGAAGCUAGGAGCCCAGUGUCGGGAUAUCAUGCGUCUGUUAUGACGGACCGCGAGGCAGCGAGCAACAGGUCAGUUCCGCCCGCUGUGGAGAGACGGCAUGCCAACUCCGUAUCCGUGCUUUGUAG